CUUGAUGUAGCCAGUCUUCCCAAAUAUUGUGAAAAAAACAAAUGAUUUUCACUGUGUUCAAGAAGAAUUCACAAAAAGUAGAGUUCUUUGUUAACAUACUUAUUUGGUUCUUUUUAGAACUCCAUCAGAGUCAAGAGCUACUGAUGUCAAAUCCCGUGAUGGCUGUGAACCCCAUACUGACAGCAUCGGGGCAGCAGAGGAUUCCACUUGUUCCCACGCCAUUUGGACCUCCAAUUGUGGAUAGAGAUGUGUUGCCUCCCACUGUAGGUCCAACUGACCCAAGGCAGUUUUAUGUUCCUUCCCAUUUUGGAUCCUCUAUUCUACCCAAUGCAAAUAUGCCAAAUAUGUUGUCUAAUCGCAUCUACUCAGGUUGGGGCUUUUUGCCACCUGAGUCCAUAAGGGCAGUGAGCCGAAGAAACGAAAUGAUUCGAAGGCCUCAUGCUGCCAGGGCAGAAAUGGAAAUGUAUUCUAAUUACCAGCAAAGGAAAUUGGAAAAAUUUAACCCAAAGGGACUAGGUGGCUUAGAGAUGCCAUUCCUCUAUGGUUCCAGUGUCCCACCUUGCCCAGCCAUCUACCAAGGCCAGAGCAUGCUCCCAGCCAGUGACCUGCAUUUUCACAGAAGUACCCUCAGAAACCUUCGGGGAAACCCUAUUCUGGUAGCAACCGGACCACACUUUAUAGAAAGCUGGGGGCAGAAAUAUUAUCGACUCAGGAGGGGUUCAGGGAAUCAGAAACCUCUUAACAGUGACUCUGAGAGUUCCAAAAGUCGAGGAGAAGAAAAAGCCCUACACCAGACACAUGCAAUUCCACACGAAGAGGAUGAGCAUGAAACAGACCCAGAAACUGAAAUAUGCAACAAUCAGAAGUCAAGCAAAACCAGUGACAAACCAACUACAGCUGUCACCAACCCCUGUGGAGCACUCCAGCCCUCUAAUGGAAAACCCCAAGGAGCUCAUGCUGCUCCCCUGGAGGUGAAGACCUGGGGUGGUGGGAAGCAGAAGGCUUCAGAGCCAGGUGUUGAAGCCUGUGAUGGUGAAACAAACAGAGUUUGCCCUCCAGUUCCUCCACUGUCUCUGCCAGGAACACAUGCACUGGUUACAGUUGGGGAAAAUCUUUCUUUGGAUGAAGAUAUUCAGAAAUGGACCUUGGAUGAUGUACACAACUUCAUUAGAAGCCUUCCAGGUUGUUCAGACUGUGCUCAGGUAUUUAAAGAUCAUGCAAUUGAUGGAGAAACUUUGCCAUUACUCACAGAGGAGCAUCUUCGAGGUACCCUGGGAUUGAAGCUAGGGCCAGCACUAAAAAUUCAAUCACAGGUAUCUCAACAUGUGGGAAAAAUGUUCUACAAGAAAACUCUUUCACUUCCUACCCAUACAAGACAAGAAUUUGAUCAACCAGCAGAUACAUCUCCUCUUUUGGAUUUUAAUUCAUGGAGUGAUUUGAUGAACAUUCCUUGUCCCCAGGAUAUAAGGAUUCCUGAAAGAAUUGAGCAAGACAGUUCAAGAAAUUAAAAACCCUCAAAGAGCAAAGGGCAGUCUGAACCAGUUUUCCAAAGAAUCUAAGAUUCACCAAGGGUGUGUGAGAGCUUCCCAGGACCAGACAGAGGAUGAGAGAGAGGGAGUUUCUCACGGAGCUGUCUCAGGAGGUUUUGCCAGGACUGAAGUGAUACUACCUUCAAGGGGUUGGAGAAUUGUCCUUGGAAGAAAAGAACAAUUCUAAUUGUCUCCUAAUGAAGGAGAGAAUUCGCAAACAUGAAGAAAGCCACAGUGGGUUGUUUCUGUGAGAAAAUCUCUGAAUAAGCCAAAAGAGCAGAAAUGAAAAAGAGAGCUCCCCAUUUCCCAUCCCCAAGCCCUGAUAAAGACAGACUGAGAAAGGAGGUAGAAGAGGAAGGGAAAGGCUCUCUGGAGGAGCUGACCACAAGACCCCCUCCUCCUUCUUUCAGGCCUGGCUGCAAGGGGAGACAUUCUACAUAAAAGUUCCAAGCCUGACUUGGUAUUGCUCAGGACUAGAUAUUUUAUUUCUGAAAUGAAAUAUUAUGACUGAAAAUGAUUGGAGAACUCAUUAUCUGACAAGAAGAUGAAAAGUCAUAGUAUUCACUUCAGAUUUUAUCCAAGAAGGAGGAAAGAGUUAUCUCUGCAAAGCAGGUUUAAACUGGCAAGAGAGAGGGGAAGAUUAAAAUGGCUUCCUGCUCCUAUCUGUGGAGUUUCUCUCUCCCAACAUCGGGUUUGGCAGAAGGUCUCAGAAAGGUUACACAGGAAAAUGAUAACAAUUUGCUCAAGGAGGGGACUGGAAGAUAGGGGUGUGAGGAAAACUUCUUCCUCUAUAUCCUCUUGAACAUUUUGAAAUUUUAACCAUGAGAAUGUAUUUUCUAUUUUAAAAACUUACAUUUAAAGGCUGGGAAUAUAGCUCAGUGUGUAGAACUCUUGCCUAGCAUGAGAGAGUCCCUGGGUUUGGUCCCCAGUAUAGCAAAAAAACAACAAAAAAUUACAUUUAAAAUAACAGACUGUAGCAGGCAGCCUCUAAAUUAGGCCCCAACAAUCUCUCUUCCCGGUGAUUUACUCCUCUUGAGGGUGGGCUGGACUUACUGAUUUUUUCUCAUCAACAGAAUACAGAAAGUGUGAUGGCAGGUCACUUCUGUGGCCUCAGUACUCUCUGGAACUCUCUUUGAAUCACACUCUUGGGGAAACCAACUUCCAUGUCUCCAGACAGCCCCCAGUGGAAAAGCCCUAUGUGGUCAAACUUGGCAAAGGAUCUUCUGAAACCUGCCAAUGGCCACAUACUGUUCAGGUAGUGAAGGUGCUCCUGAACUGUAGGCUCCAGCCUACAGCUUGACAGCAGCUCCUGAGAGGCCCAGAGCCAGAGGCUCCCAGCUAAGCCACACCCAGAUUCCUGAGCUACUGAGACUGAGAUGAGGAAUGUGUGUCAUCUUCAGCCACUAAUUGUAAUCUGUCACAUGGCAAUGGAGGACCAAAACAAACACAUUUCAUAACACAAAAAGCAUGCUACCUACCUCACUCUUUGACUUGGAAGGCGGACUUUCUUUUUCCCCAACAACCAUGCUGAUUUAGUUGAAUUGUGCUUGCCUUCACUUUUACAAUGAAGGUAAUUGUUUUGUUUUGUUCUGUUUUGUUUUCUGACAUACAACUAUAUUAUACCAUCAAAGAUACUUGUGAAUUGCUUCUUGUUUACUCUCUUGGUUCCUUUGCUGAGGGACAGGAAAAAACGUCAUCCCCUCAAAUUUCAAAAUUUUAUUUUGUGUUAGAUACUUAUGAUUAAAUAAGUAUAGAUGAAUAACAAGGGUUAGGAAUUUUACUAAAAAUAAAAGAUAGCUUCUUCAACAAAUGGUGCUGGGAAAAUUGGAAAUCCAUAUGUAGCAGAAUGAAAUUGAAUUCCUAUCUCUCAUCCUGUGCAAAAUUCAACUCAAAGUGGAUCAAGGACCUGGACAUUAGACCAGAGAUCCUGCCGCUACUAGAAGAAAAUGUAGGCCCAACUCUCCAUCAUGUCAGCUUCGGAACCAAAUUCCUCAACAAGACUCCUAAAGCACAAGAAGUAAAAUCAAGAAUCAAUAAAUGGGAUGGUGUCAAACUAAAAAGCAUCUUCACAGUAAAGGAAACAAUCAAGAACGUGAAGAGAGAGCCUACAGAAUGAGGGAAAAUCUUUGCUACCUGUAACUCAGAUAGAGUUUUAAUCUCCAGGAUAUAUAAAGAACUCAAAAAACUUAACACACACACACAAAAACCACCCAAAUAAUAUGAUCGAUAAAUGGGCAAAGGAACUGAACAGACACUUCACAAAGGAAGAUACAUGAAUUGUCAACAAGUAUAUAAAAAAAAAUGUUCAACUUCUCUAGCAAUUAGAGAAAUGCAAAUUAAAACUACAUUGAGAUGCUGUCUCACUAUAGUCAGAAUGGCAAUUAUCAAGAACACAAGCAACAAUAAAUGUUGGCAAGGAUGAGGGGAAAAGGUACACUCAUACACUGUUGGUGAGACUGGAAUUGGUGCAACCACUCUGAAAAGCAAUAUGGAGAUUCCUCAGAAAACUUGGAAUGGAACCACCAUUUGACUCAGUUAUCCCACUCCUCCAUAUAUAUCCAAAAGAUUUAAAAUCAGCAAACUAUAGUGACUCAGCCCCAUCAAUGUUUAUAGCAGCACAAUUCACAAUAGUUAAGCUAUGGAACCAACCUAGGUGCCAUUCAAUGGAUGAAUGGAUGACGAAAAUGUGAGAUACACACAGACACACAAUGGAGUAUUACUCAACUAUAAAGGAAAAUUAUAUAUGGCAUUUGCCAGUAAAUGGAUGGAACUGGAGAGUAUCAUGCUAAAUAUGAAUUAAGCCAAUUCCAAAAACCAAAGGCUGAAUGUUCUCUGUGAUAUGCAGAUGAUAAGGGGGUUGUGCAGGAAAGAAUAAAAGUUCACUGGAUUAGACAAAGGGGAAUGAAGGGAAGGGAAGGGAAGGGGAUGGGAAUAGAAAAGACAGUUGAAUGAAUCAGACAUUAGUUUCCUAUGUUCAUAUAUGAAUAUAUCACCAAUGAAA